GUUGCAAGCUUUGGGUUUAGUUUGCUUUUUUUUUCCAAUUUCUGAAUUUUAUUGAAGUAUAGUCAGUUUACAAUGUGUCAUUUUCUGGUAUAUAUACAGUAUAAUGUUUUGCUCACACAUGAACAUAUGUAUAUCAUUUUCAUAUUUUUGGUCACUGUAAGUCAUUACAAGAUAUUGGAUAUAGUUCCUGUGCUAUGCAGUGUGAACUUGUUUAUUUAUUUAUUUAAUAUAUAUUUGUUAAUAUCUGCAAAUCUCUAACUCCCACUUUAUCCUUUCUAUCCCUUCCCCACACUGGUAACCAAAUUUUUAUGGAAUUUAUUGAUGAGUUCUACUAGUUUUCCAGUGGCCUCUUCAGGGUUUAUAGUAUCAUGUCAUCGGCAAACAGUGACAGUUUUACUUCUUCAUUUCUAAUUUGGAUUCCUUAUAUUUCUUUUUCUUCCCUGGUUGCUUUUGCUAGGACUUCUAAAACUAUGUCGAAUAAAAAUGGUGAGAGUGGGAAUCCUUGUCUUGUUCCUGUUCUUAGAGGAAAUGCUUUCAGCUUUUACCGAUUAAGUCUGUGGGUCUGUUAUAUAUGGCCUUUGUUAUAUUGAGGUAUGCUUUGUCUAUGCCCACUUUUCUGGAGAGUUUUUAUCACAAAUGGAUGUUGGAUUGUACCAAAAGCUCUCCCUGCAUCUAUUGAGAUGAUCAUAUGGUUUUUAUUUUUCAGUUUGUUAAUGUCAUGUAUCAUAUAUCGAUUGAUCAGUGGAUAUUGAAAACUCCCUGAAUCCUUGUGAUAAAUCCCACUUGUUCACAGUGUGUGAUCCUUUGAGUGCAUUGUUGGAGUUGAUUUCCUAGUAUUUUGUUGAGGAUUUUUGCAUUUAUAUUCAUAAGUGAUAUUGGCCAGUAGUUUUCUUUUUUUGUGAUAUCUUUGUCUGGUUUUGGUAUCAGGGUGAUGAUGGCCUCAUAGAAUGAGUUUGGAGGUAUUCCUUCCUCUGAAAUUUUUUGGAAUAGAUUCAGAAGGUUAGGUGUUAACUCUUCUCUAAAUGUUUGGUAGAAUUCAUCUGUGAAGCCGUAUUGUCCUGGAUUUUUGUUUGUUGGGAGAUUUUUAAUAACUGAUUCAAUUUCAGUACUGGUAAUAGGUCUAUUUACAUUUUCUAUUUCUUCUUUAUUCAGUCUUGACAGAUUGUAUCUUUCUAACAAAUUGUCCAUUUCUUCUGAGCUGUCUUUUCUAUUGGUGUAUAGUUGCUCUUAGUGGCCUCUUAAUGAUCCCUUGUAUUUCUGUGGUGUUCAGUUGUAACUUCUUUUUCAUUUCUGAUUCUAUUAAUUUGGGCCUUCUUCCUUUUUUUCUUAAUGAGUGUGAUUGGAGGCUUAUCAAUUUUGUCUUUUCAAAGAACCAGCUUUUAGUUUCAUUGAUCCUUUCUAUAUUUUUUAGUCUCUUUCAUUAAUUUCUGCUCUAAUCUUAACGUUUCUUGUCUUCUACUAACUUUGGGGUUCGUUCUUCUUUCUCCAGCUGCUUUAAGUGUAAGGUUAGGUUGUUAAUUUGAGAUUUUCUUGUUUCCUGAGGUAGGCUUGUAUUGCUACAAACUUCCCUGUUAGAACUGCUUUUGUUGUGUCCCAGAGGAUUUGGAUCCUUGUGGUUUUUUUAUUUGUUUGAAAAUAAUUUUUGAUUUCCUCUUUGGUUUCUUCAGUGUUCCAUUGAUUGUUUAAUAGUAUAUUGUUUAGCCUUGAAGUGUUUGCAGUUUUUGCAGUUUUUUUCUUGUAGUUGAUUUCUAACCUUACAGCUUUGUGGUCAGGAAAGAUGCUUGGUAUGAUUUCAGUUUUCUUAAAUUUGCAGAGGCUUGCUUUGUGGGCCAGCAUGUGGUUGUGUGGAGAAUGUGCCAUUUGCACCUGAGAAGAAUGUAUAUACUGCUGCUUCCAGAUAAAAUGCUUUAUAGAUAUCAAUUAGGUCCAUCUGGUCUAAUGUGUCCUUUGGACUGUAUCUCCUUACUGAUUUUCUAUCUGGAUGAUCUGUCCAUUGAUGUAGGUGGGUUGUUAAGAUCCCCCACAUUAUUGUGUUAUUGUCCAUUUCUCCUUUUAUGUCUGUUAACAGUUGCCUUAUAUAUUGAGGUGAUCCUAUGUUGGCUGCAUAUAUAUUUACAAUUGUUAUAUCUUCCUUUUGGAUUGACUCGAGCAUUAUAUGUCCUUCUUUGUCUCUUGUAACAGUCUUUAUUUUAAAAUCUAUUUUCUUUGAUAGAAGUAUUGCUACUCCAGCUUUCUUUUGCUUUCUGUUUGCAUAGAAUGUCUUUUACCAUCCCCUCAUUUUUAACUUGCACGUGUCUCUAGCUCUGAAGUGGUUCUCUUGUAGACAGCAUUUAUAUAGACAGCAUUUUUGUGGGUCUUGUUUUUGUGUCCAUUCAGCCAGUCUGUCUUUUGGUUGGAGCGUUUAAUCCAUUGACAUUUAAGGUAGUAAGUGACAAGUGUGUUCUUACUGCCAUCUUGUUAAUUGCUUUGGAUUUGUUUUUGUCUCUUUCCCCUUCUUUUUGUUCUUUUCUCUUGUGAGUGAUGAUUAUAGCAUUACAUUUGGAUUCCUUUCUUUUUUGUGUGUAUCUGUUUGAGAUUUUUGGUUUGCAGUUACCAUGAGGUUUUGAUAUAUAGAAGUCUAUGUAUAUACAAGAUUGUUUUAAAUUAAUGAUCUCUUAAUUUCAAAUGCAUUUUAGAUACCUUGCAUUCAUACUCUCCUUCCCUCACAAUUACUGGUUUUACUGUCAUAUUUUACAUCUAAUUGUCUUGUGUAUCCUUUACCUGCUUAUUGUGGAUACAGAGAAUUUUACUACCUUUGUCUUUUAACUUCCCAAUUAGUUUUUAUGCCGAUUUCCUGCCUUUACUGUAUGUUUGCCUUUACUGGUGAGCUUUCUUUCCCAUUUGUAAUUUUCUUAUAUCUAGUUGUGUCCCUUUCUUUUCUACCUGGAGAAAUUUCUUUAACAUUUGUUGUAAAGCUGAUUUGGUAGUGCUGAAGUCUUUUAGCUUUUGUUUAUCUGUGAAGGUUUUGAUUUCUUCAUCAAAAGUGAAUGAGAGCCUUGCUGGAUAGUGUAUUCUUGCUUGUAAGUUCUCCCUUUUCAUCACUUUAUAUAUAUCGUGGGACUCCCUUCUGGCCUGUAGAGUUUCUGCUGAAAAAUUAGCUGAUAACCUUAUGGGAGUUCCCUUGUAUGUUAUUUGUUGCUUUUGUCUGCUGCCACUCUUUUCUAAUUCCUUAAGGUAUAAAGUUAGAUUACUGACUUGAGAUUUUUUUAAUGUAAGCUUUUAAAGGUAUAAAUUUCACUUGAUCAUUGCCUUUGCUUCAUUCUAAUAAUUCUUUUCUAAUAACAGAACAUGAAAAUACAUGAAGCAGAAGUGACAGUAAUGAGGGAAGAAAUCAUUCAACGUAACAGUUGGAGACAUUGGUGCCUUACUUCAGCAAAGAGUAUAAUGACUAGACAGAAGGUCACUAAGGAAAUAGAAGAUUUGAACACUAUGAUAAACCUAUUAGCUUGACACACAUCUCUGGAAACAAUCUGGAAUCUCAGCAGCAACAGGAUAUUCUUUUCUUGUCAGCAACAGGGAUGAAGAAUACAGAUUUACUGCAAGCAGGGGUCUAACGACUUGCAAAGAACUCGACCAGGCACCUCGGCGAAGACAGGCGCGGAAGCACGACAGGACUCCGGGUAGAACCCGAGUCGGGCCAGGUGCGGGCCGCCUGCCUCUCGGCGGGGUCGACGGACCUCGGUUCUGCGCUGGCUUUACGGCCGAGGCAGCGGCAUUGGCGCGUAUGCCGCGGAAGCGGACGGGCGCGCGGAGGAGUAGAAAAGAACGUUGUCACUAGGUCCGCGAGAGACCCCCACCGCGGCGAGGCCACUGGGCUCCCCAGUUGCGGGGCCUGAGCGGCUUCGACCCGAAACGCCGAGGGACACACCGGGCGAAGGAGGGGGCCUAUCUACCCUUCCGCAUUUUCCUGGGUCUCUCUCCCGGGCGGUGACGUGACGUGCUGACGGCAGGCCCGUGCCGGGGAGCUGGGCCGCUUUUUGUCAGCUACGAACUCGGCCCCUCCUCCCUCUCUCCGCCCGCCCCACCAGCCGGAGCCUGGCCCAGUGCUUCAGAGAAAGGCCGGCCUGCAGCACCCGCCACCGUCGCCGACUGUCCGUACUCCGGUCCGCUGGUAAAGACAAAGAACUCUAAGAAGAUAGAAUUGUAUGCUGCACAGUACAGCAGCAGCAAAUGUUCCAGUACAGCAACAAUGGAUUUUCAAGAUUAAGAUUAUAUUAGACCCAAGUGUGUAAUUAAGAAGCAGGAGCUGUGACUAAUGAGAAUCAAAGGCCAUGGAUGAAGAUGAGCUUGAAUUACAGCCACAAGAGCCAAACUCAUUUUUUGAUGGAAUAGGAACUGAUGCUACACACAUGGAUGGUGAUCAAAUUGUUGUGGAAGUACAAGAAACUGUUUUUGUUUCAGAUGUUGUGGAUUCAAAUAUUACUGUACAUAACUUUGAUCCUGAUGACCCAGACUCAGUUGUAAUCCAAGAUGUGAUUGAGGAUGUUGUUAUUGAGGAUGUGCAGUGUUCAGAUAUCUUAGAAGAAGCAGAUGUGUCUGAAAAUGUCAUCAUUCCUGAGCAAGUGCUUGCUUCAGAUGUAACCGAAGAAGUUUCUUUAGCACAUUGCACAGUCCCAGAUGAUGGGAUAUUAGCUCCUGAUAUUAUUUCAGCCUCAGUGUCUAUGCCAGAACACGUCUUGACAAGUGAAUCUAUACAUGUGUCUGACGUUGGACAUGUUGAACACAUUCAUGAUAGUGUAGUUGAAGCAGAAAUCGUCACUGAUCCUCUGACAACUGAUGUAGUUUCAGAAGAAGUAUUGAUGGCAGAAUGUGCCUCUGAAGCAGUCAUAGAUGCCAACGGGAUUCCUGUGGACCAGCAAGAUGAUGACAAAGGCAACUGUGAGGACUACCUUAUGAUUUCCUUGGAUGAUGCUGGCAAAAUAGAACACAGUGGUUCAUCUGCAAUUACCAUGGAUGCAGAGUCAGAAAUCAGUCCUUGUAAAGUGGAUGGCAGUUGCCCUGAGGUCAUCAAGGUGUACAUUUUUAAAGCUGACCCUGCAGAGGAUGACUUAGGUGGCACUGUAGACAUUGUGGAGAGUGAGCCUGAGAAUGAUCAUGGAGUUGAACUGCUUGAUCAGAAUAGCAGUAUUCGUGUGCCAAGGGAAAAGAUGGUUUAUAUGACUCUCAGUGACUCUCAGCAAGAUGAUGAAGAUUUAAAUGUUGCUGAAAUUGCUGAUGAAGUUUAUAUGGAAGUGAUUGUAGGAGAGGAAGAUACUGCUGUUGCAGCAGCAGCUGCAGCUGCCGUGCAUGAACAACAAAUGGAAGACAGUGAAGUGAAAACAUUCAUGCCAAUAGCAUGGGCAGCCGCUUAUGGUAAUAAUUCUGAUGGAAUUGAAAACCGGAAUGGCACUGCAAGUGCCCUCUUGCACAUAGAUGAGUCUGCUGGGCUUGGCAGACUGGCUAAACAAAAACCAAAGAAAAGGAGAAGACCUGAUUCCAGGCAGUACCAAACAGCAAUAAUUAUUGGCCCUGAUGGACAUCCCUUGACUGUCUAUCCUUGCAUGAUUUGUGGGAAAAAAUUUAAGUCACGAGGUUUUUUGAAAAGACACAUGAAAAACCAUCCUGAACACUUUACAAAGAAGAAGUACCGCUGUACAGACUGUGAUUACACUACCAACAAGAAGAUAAGUUUACACAACCACCUGGAGAGCCACAAGCUGACCAGCAAGGCAGAGAAGGCCAUCGAGUGCGAUGAGUGUGGGAAGCAUUUCUCUCAUGCUGGGGCUUUGUUUACUCACAAAAUGGUGCAUAAGGAAAAAGGAGCCAACAAAAUGCACAAGUGUAAAUUCUGUGAAUAUGAGACUGCUGAACAGGGGUUAUUGAAUCGCCACCUCUUGGCGGUCCACAGCAAGAACUUUCCUCAUAUAUGUGUGGAGUGCGGUAAAGGUUUUCGACACCCCUCAGAGCUCAAAAAGCACAUGCGAAUCCAUACUGGGGAGAAGCCGUACCAGUGCCAGUACUGCGAAUACAGGUCUGCAGACUCUUCUAACUUAAAAACACACGUAAAAACUAAGCAUAGUAAAGAGAUGCCAUUCAAGUGUGACAUUUGUCUUCUGACUUUCUCCGAUACCAAAGAGGUGCAACAACAUGCUCUUAUCCACCAAGAAAGCAAAACACAUCAGUGUUUGCAUUGCGACCACAAGAGCUCGAACUCAAGCGACCUGAAACGACACAUCAUUUCAGUUCACACGAAGGACUACCCCCAUAAGUGUGACAUGUGUGACAAAGGCUUUCACAGGCCUUCUGAACUCAAGAAGCAUGUGGCUGCCCACAAGGGUAAAAAAAUGCACCAGUGUAGACAUUGUGACUUUAAGAUUGCAGAUCCAUUUGUUCUAAGUCGCCAUAUUCUCUCAGUUCACACGAAAGAUCUUCCGUUCAGGUGUAAGAGAUGUAGAAAGGGAUUUAGGCAACAAAAUGAGCUUAAAAAGCAUAUGAAGACACACAGUGGCAGGAAGGUGUAUCAGUGUGAGUACUGUGAGUAUAGCACUACAGAUGCCUCAGGCUUUAAACGGCACGUUAUUUCCAUUCAUACGAAAGACUACCCUCACCGUUGUGAGUACUGCAAGAAAGGGUUCCGAAGACCUUCAGAGAAGAACCAGCACAUAAUGCGACAUCAUAAAGAAGUUGGCCUGCCCUAACGAUACUUACACAGACGUUUGUGAAGAUAUUGGCCUUAAAGGAGGAAGUUCAUUUUAAAGCCAAUCAGUCUUGUUCACAUACACAAUACUGUACAUUGAUUUAUGCUGUGUACAAAUAGGAUUAGUCCUUCUAGUUAACUUUACAUUGUACUCAGUAGGGUGUUCUGAAUUCUAUUCAGUUUGUUUAAUGAGGAAAAGUAGCAACAAACAAGUUGCUUUAAAAAAAAAAAUCCCUGAUUCUGUAUUGAAUUUGUCAGUCUUAGAAGUUUUAUUCUUUAAGUAUUUGCUUUAUUCACCUUGAUGGUACUCUUCUAAGACCACUAAAACAUUUUUUUUAACGUUAGAUUGGUAACUCUAAAAGUAGUCAUUUUGACUAAUUUUUCCCCCACAAAUUUUUUGCAUUAAAAAGGAACAUCUGCUAAUAUAAAUGGGAGAUUUUACUGUCAGAUCUACUUUGAACAUGAAAUUCUUUUCCUUGUCUUGCUUGACAUUUUUCAGUCACAUGACCAUGAAACUUUCCGUUUGAAUCUCUACAUUAGCUGAAUAUACAUCGUUGACUAGGUUUGUUUUUAAUUUUUCAAUUUGUCCAGUAGGCAAAAUACACUUCUUUUGACAUUCUUUGUAGUAUUUACGGUUUUUCCCAGCACAGCACACUUCUACAAAUUCUGAUUGAAAGGUUUUAAAUAUUCCUGUUUUUUUAUUCUUCUGUUCUUUGUUUUAGAAUAGUUGUGUUUGGCAAAUGAGACAUACUAGAAUUUUUUUAGUCAUAAAUGUAGCUCAUAUGUUUUCAUGCAACUGGAUGUCUAAGUGUACCCUGCAUUUCACAUGUGUCUGUGUGUUGCUUAUUUUAUAUACUUAAACAACACAAUCCCAAAUUUUAAGUCUAUGAUGAAAAGUAUUAAGUGUAUAAUAAAUUAAAAGGUCCAGGGAUGUAAGAAGGAGCAUUUUUGCCAGGUUACUAUUUAGAGAGAUUAAAAUUUAGAUGAAGAAUUUGGUGGAGGAAAAAGAUACUAGUAUUUUUAUAAAGUAAAGAUAUUUUCUUUUAAAUAUCUUUGGUAACUGGAAAAGAGAAAUUAAGAUAUUUCCAGAUAGAAUGCUUUCAUACAGCUCAUCUUGAUGAACCUUAACAUUUUCUGAAAAGCUAAUGAAUAUCCAGAUGUAAAUGUCUCAGUUUUCAAUGAAAAGUCUAAAAAGAAACUCUCUUCUUACAAAAUAAGGGGGACUAAGAGAAAUAGUGGCUCUAUAUACCAGAGAAUGGGUGCUAAUUAAACUUGGCAAGUUCAGCCUGCUUUUUUAUUUCUUAAGAGAGCAAACAUGAAAAGGAUUGAACAAACUCAAGUUGAUUUUGAUUAGAAGGUAAAAGUUUAAAGUACAUUAAAAAUAAUGGAGCUUUACUUGAAAACUCUCCAGGUGUUUCACAGUUUUGUUUUUUCUGGACAAUUGAUAUAUUUUAAGUAGUGCGUCGUAAACAUAGAUGUAAAAUGAAUUCAAAGUUAGUUAGAAUUUGGUUUUGUUAAUACAGAUGUUUAAGAACAGGAAACACUUUUUAGGCUGCAUAAAUUAGCUCUUGGCACAUACCUCCUGGCACAUUGUGGGAGAUUAGAAAUAUUUCUUCUCAUGUGAUAGAUACCGUAACUUCAUUAUGGUGCUUUCUUCUACUCCUGCUGUAAAGGUUUUACCUUUUGCCUUUCUCUGUGCCAUUAAUAUUCAUAAUCAGAAGUUGUAUUAUUAAGGUUAGGAAUCUAAGUAUUUGGGGUUUUGACAGCCUCUAAAGGCUAGAUUAAUUUAUUUCUAAAUCAAAUGCUUUAGGUACAUAGGAAUUUAAACCUAAUGCCAGCCAAAGUCACAGAACAGAUUUUGGAAGCUUUGCCUUAUUGGCCCGCAUAUAUAUGUUCCCUACUUUAGUGUCCAUCGGUUGUCCUGUUCUUAAAAACUCAUUUUCACAUGUGAAACUCUUUAAAAAUCUCCCUGUAAUUUGUUUUUUCCCUAAAGUAAUAUAAAAGGAAAUGUUCAGUGAAAGUUUACACUUAAGAAUUUUUGAAAGCUCUCUAAAAUUAAUACAGAUAAAUAGCUAUUAUAUUUUAAAAAUAAACUGAAAGCUAAAGAACACAAUACUUUACAUGCUUCAUGUUUCUCACAUAUUCUGGAGUCAUACACAGUUUUUUUUUUUUAAAGCACAAUAUUGAAACCUUUAAAACUUAUUUAAGGAUUUGGUCAUUAAUAUGGUAAAACAUUUGUCUUUAUAAAGAAAAAAUGAGAUUGUACUUACUGUUAUGUACUGAUACUAGUUGAAGCUGUUUUAAUUCUUAAAACAAUUUGAUUAGCAAAGCUAAAAAAAGAAGUUGGAUAUUUCAGUUCAUUUUAGAGAGGUACCAGUUUUUAGAAGAAUAUAAGUUAUUGUUUUGUUGAAAUAGCCUGUUAAAUAUUGUAUGUUCCUUCCUCUAUACACAUUGUAAAAUACUUAAAGUAAAAUACUUAAUAAGAAAUUCAUAUAGAAAAGUGUGACACUAUUGUAAAUGUGUACUUGAGAAUAACAUGCAAAAAUAAAAAUCAGACUAUUUUCCUCUUAA